AUGUACUUUACUCACUGCUUCUCAGUGAUGGAGUCUGGGAUCUUCGUGGCCAUGGCUUUGGAUCGCUACGUGGCCAUCUGCCACCCCCUGAGACAUUCCACCGUCUUGACAAACCCUGUGGUGGGCAAGAUCGGUCUGGUCGUAGUGCUGCGUGGCUUCCUGCUCAUACUUCCCAUUCCCUUCCUGGCGAGGCACUGGCCAUAUUGCAGAACCAACAUCAACCCCCACUCAUACUGCGAGCACAUCGCUAUCGUGAAGCUGGCCUGCGCCGACAUCUGCAUGAACAUAGCCUUUGUGCCACUCUUAGUAGCUGGCCUGGAUGUGUUUUUUCUCACUGUGUCCUAUACCCAAAUCCUCAGGGAAGUCUUCAGCCUCCCCACAAAGGAUUCCUGGCUCAAGACUUUCAGGAUCUAUGGGUUCCACCUCUGUGCUAUCUUAGCCUUCUACAUCCCAGGUCUCUUCUCCUUCCUUAUCCACCGAUUUGGCCACAAUGUGCCCCUGCAUUUCCAUAUUCUCAUGGCCAACAUGUACUUCCUGGUGCCCCCCAUGCUGAACCCCAUCAUCUAUGGGGUAAGGACCAGGCAGAUACAGGACAGGCUUCUCCGGCUUUUUUCUCAUAAAGGGACUUAA